AUGAGCGCUCCUCCGGCCGCGACCCCCCGCGCGAAUAUGGGCACAGCCGUGUCCAAAAGGAAGACGCUCAGGAACGAGGCCAUGUCGUCCGUAGCGGCCAAAGUGAGAGCGGCAAGGGCUUUUGGAGAAUACCUUUCACAAAACCAUCCUGAAGGCAGAAACGGCUCAGAUCACCUGCUAGCAGACUCCUACAUCGGGCAGGAGGACUCCCCUGAGAUGCAGCAGGUGGCCCAGAACAAGCGCAGGCUCUCGGUCAUCUCGGACGGCAAAUUCGAAAGGAGCUUCACGGAGGAGCAGGCGGAGAAGAUGCCGAGCGAGGGCCCCAAGCCACGAGUCUACACCAUCUCCGGCGAGAGGCCGAUGCUGUCGGAGCACGAGAACGACAGCGUGGAACUGGUGGUGAUGAAGGGGGCUGCCCACGAGGAGUGUCACCACGGCCACCACGCGCACGGCGCCGGCGGCUCGCACGGCGUCCGGCACUGCAAGGCCUGGCCGGGCGGCCGCCAGGGCUCCAAGGAGUGCCCCAACUGCACCAGGCUGGCUGCCCCUUCCCAGCAGUCCAUUGAGCUGGAGCAGCACCCGCCUGGUGAGGCUGGGUGGCACAGGAAAAGGCUGGAGAGGAUGUACAGUGUCGAUCGAGUGUCUGAUGAUGUCCCCAUACGAACCUGGUUCCCAAAAGAGAACCUCUUCAGUUUUCACACUGCUACUACAACUAUGCAAGCCAUCUCGGCGUUCAGGGGCUACGCAGAGAGGAAGAGACGGAAACGAGAGAAUGAUUCUGCAGCUCUUAUCCAGAGGAAUUUUCGGAAGCACCUCCGCAUGGUGGGGAGCCGAAGGGUUAAAGCACAAACAUUUGCCGAACGGCGUGAGAGGAGCUUCAGCAGGUCCUGGAGUGACCCGACUCCCAUCAAAGCUGAUUCCUUCCAUGACUCUCGAGAAAGCCAUGACCUUCAGGAUUCCUGCGGGACUCUGGAUGGUGACUUUGACUUGAACUGGGAAGCAGAAAAGGAACUUGAAGCCAUGGCAUGUGACGGAGAAGACUUUAUUCCACCAAAAAUAAUGCUCAUUUCUUCCAAGGUGCCCAAAGCAGAGUAUGUCCCAACAAUUAUCCGCAGGGACGACCCCUCCAUCAUCCCCAUCCUCUACGACCACGAACACGCCACCUUUGAUGACAUCCUGGAGGAAAUAGAGAAGAAACUUAACAUUUAUCGGAAAGGCUGCAAAAUCUGGAAGAUGCUGAUAUUUUGCCAGGGAGGCCCCGGGCACUUGUACUUGUUAAAGAACAAAGUCGCCACUUUUGCCAAAGUGGAGAAGGAGGAAGAUCUGAUCCUCUUCUGGAAGAGGUUGAGCCGGCUGAUGAGUAAAGUCAAUCCUGAACCAAAUAUCAUUCACAUCAUGGGCUGCUAUGUUCUUGGAAACCCCAAUGGGGAGAAGCUAUUUCAGAAUCUGAAAAACUUAAUGAAUCCUUAUAGGGUUGCCUUUGAGUCUCCACUUGAACUAUCAGCUCAAGGUAAGCAAAUGAUUGAGACUUACUUUGACUUCCGCCUUUACCGCCUCUGGAAGACCCGCCAGCACUCCAAACUAUUGGAUUAUGAUGACAUUUUAUGAGCUGGAGAAGACUUUGCAAGAGGAAGCUCAUCACCAGUGUCCAAGAAGUCAUGCUUUAUUGCAGAGAGACUUUUUUAUUGGCACAGGGAGCCCUUCACAGCCCUACGGGAGGCAGCAGUGCUAAAGGGAGGGAAGGAGGAGCCCUCGGAAGUGUCGGGAGGAAAAGUCUCCUGGGCCAAGAGAGACUGGAGGGAAGGGGGUGACAGUGACACCUCGCUGGCCUCAGUCCGAGCCGUGGGGCCUCGGGAGGAGCUGUGUGAAACGAGGACAGGAUGGAGUUCCUGGCAGAACUGAGCUGUUUUGGGUCAGAAUGGGCCAGAUUUGAUUCCAGGUCCUUUUAAAGACUUUUGAAGCUCAGGUUUUCUUACAAAAAAAAACCACCACAAACCCAUUUAACCCAUGCACUACAGUGAAGAAGUCACCAGAGCACAGAGGGAGCAGGGGGUUGUCCUGGUGGGACUUUCUGUGCUGGGAGUCCUGGAGAGCAAGGACUGCUACACCUACUCCUGCAAGCUUAGAGCAAGAUGAUCCCGUUUCCAUGUGAAUAUAUACUGGGAUAUAGAAUUGAAAUCUUCUUUUUUGUUUGUUUAAUAGAAAAUAAGUGCAAUUUUUAUAGCGAGGGAGGGGGUAAAAUCCCUCCCGAUAUUUAAUUAGUUAAAAAUAACACACCAUAACCAAUAGAUGAGAUAUUUUUGGUCUGCUUGAAAAUAUAUUCAGAACGGUAAUAUAUCUUCUGUAGACAUAUUUAAUCACCAGCAAACAUGGUUUUAACAUAAGUUAGCAGACCUUGCAUGUCUGCUGCAUUGGUUUGGUUCCUUUCAGAGUAGCUGUGCUGCACUACCUGUAUGUGCUCUCACGAAUGUAUAGUUCUCCUAGAGUUAGCCACAACUUCAUUACUUUAUAUUUUGCUGCUUGCAAAACUAUGGAACUUUAGUUUUGCUGAAAUAUUUUAGGUUAGAAACACGGGACCUGGCUGGGAGCCUCCGUCAGGUUCGCUUUGGUAUAAAAAUGAAUUAGAAAUUAAUAGCCAUGGUAAUUAAUUGUUCAUGCCAGUGUUUUGCUGUGUGUUGGGAGAGGAGCUCUCUUCCUGUAUGGAGACCCCUCUGAGGGGGCUGAGCACUGAGGCAUUUGGGAGAAAUGCUUCUGGAGGGACACAGCUCAGACUUGGAGCAUGAGUUUGACUCUUCUCUGUUCACUUGAUUGCCAGUUUGUUUGUGCAUAACCUACCCCUUUUUUCCAUGACCUGUUUCUUGGUCUGAGCUGCUCAGCCCCUUCCCUUGUAGGACAGAGAAAACCCCGAGCUCUGUCAGAGCAGCCUGAGAGCCCAGGUCUGUACUUGAUACUUGAUGGUAUCUUUUGGAAUCUAUUUAUUUUUGUUUGGUUAGGUAAGGGGGUGCUUUUUCUGUUUUGGGAAUGGGGCUUUUUUCACAUUCUGCUGUCCUUUCAGAGGACAAAUAGUGCUUAGAGUCUGUGUAGGUCACUGGCAAUUCUGGGAGGUGACACAAGUUAUUUCUUCUACAAGCAAAGGAAGUAACAGGGAAGGAUUACCUUAAUUUCCUGAUUUUCUGGUAUCUCAAAUUUGUUGAUUGUGAAGUGAAGGAAAAUACAUGUACAAAUCUGUUAACUACUUACAAAGAGAACUUGGUGUUCUGAUCUGUAGAGUCCUCCUUUCCCUGUGCCAUACCUGUGGUUGUGAUUUUGGGGAGCAGGCUCCUGCCUAGAACUGCUGAACCCUUUACAUUUAGAGCAGUUUUAUAGCAAAACUUUGGAAGAAAUAAUGUACAUACAUUAAGGAAAGGAAUAGAAUAGGUGGAGAGAGGUAGUUUAAAGUCACUGAAAGCCACACAGACAGGUGUGGGCUGUUGCCUCCCCCAGGCUGGGAGCUUUGGUAGCCACGUCUCAUCCCUGGACUCAGGUUUCCCAGAUGUGACGGGGAGAACAGGCACCAGUCUGUAGCUUUUGGAAGAAAAUGCCAGACAGAAAAGAAAAAGAUCCCCAAAUUUAUGCCAAUUACUGUUUAACACUGGAGCUUCCACCAGCUCUGUGGUGAGAGGUGGGAGCCAGAGGUGCAGUGAAAGCAUAAAGUCAUGUUAUCUGGAGAAGGAAAUGGUUGUGGGAGGAUUAAAAUGCUGACACAAAACUCUCUCCCUUUCUGACCCUUUCACCUCCUAACUGGAGACAGGCAAACUGUUCUCCCUUUCUCAAAUCCCAAUUCAGUGAACUUGGUAGCAUGAAUGUAGCAUUGUGGAACUAUUGCAAAUCUUAUUUAACCCCCAAAGGGCCCAUUUAUGUAUCCACUUGAGUGAUUUCUCUGUAAAACUAUUGUAUAUCCUCACUGACCACUUGUACUUGGGGUGCAAAGUAGAAGGUAGAUUGUACAGUAAUUUCUGUGUGGAAAUGGACACUAUGGACUGUUCUGGUGCAGUUUAUGGGAUUGACAACUGAUGAAUGCAUUUCCCUCCAAAGAUCUAUAUUCCUCAUAGCUUGUGAUGUUUAUGACAUGAACAUAUUUUUUCCUUUGUAGCAUUCAUUUGCCUGAAGAGAUGAAAUUCUCUCAGAGCUGUGACUGGAAUAGAGUUGUGAUGUUU